GUUUUAUCAAUCUUCUGUGCGCACCGAACUCGUAAAAUGGCCAUGGCCUUCAAUCACACUCAUCAUCUCGCCUCUCUCACCUCUCUCUGCAACUCCACUCUCUCCUCAUCCAUUUUACUGAAAUUCCCAUUUCGCUCUCUUCCUCUCAGCCCCACACGAUACAGUUCUCGUACUAUCAAAUCAGCCACUAGCAGUAGCUUCACUUGGGAAGACGUUUUUCAAAUCUCCCAAUCGCAACACAACGACUCUUCCGAUCUCCAAGGCUUCUUCGACAAAAUCAAUCUCUGCAAUCGCAAUUCCGAGAAGCACUCUGAAUUCGUUCCGUUCGUUGUUGUGGAUCAAAUUGUUGGCUACGUUCACAAUGGGUUUGCUGACCAUCUAAGAAGGUUUGCGGAUGUCUUUAUUUUCCCCAAAAAUAAUUCUCAUGGUUGCCGGUUUGGAUAUCAUGUCACACUACAUCCAAUGCUUAGAACACCGGAGGUUAUGACUAGUGCGGUUGAAGAUGUAGUGAAAUGCUUAGGGGAAGAACUAAUUCCAGGUAUUCGGAAUGAGCUAUAUCCUGUCACUUCAUGUUUUGGGACUCCAGUAUUUUUCUCGCUAGAGCGUGCAGCUGCACCUUAUUUUGGGAUAAAGGCUUAUGGAGUUCACAUGAAUGGCUAUGUUGAAAGAGAUGGGCAAAAAUAUCUUUGGAUAGGGAAGAGAAGUGAACUGAAACCCACCUACCCCGGGAUGCUUGAUCAUUUAGUUGCCGGAGGGCUGGUCCAUGCUCAUCUUUUGAUUUAUGUUUAUGUAUUGGUUGUUUUUCUCCAAGAAUGCUUAAGAAUAUAAUGAUUCAAAGUUGUUCAGCAAUGGUGAAUCUCGAAUUUGCUUUUCUGGGGCUGAUAUCAACUAUUCACUCCAUCUCAACCAACAAGAGCAUGUGCUCUUUUUUUUUUCUUCUUCUGAACCAGUUAUUUGUAGCACAUGUUUGCUGAUUUUAUUCCAAGUUAGUCAUUUUGCUCAUACUUCCACAGUUUGUCAUUACAGCCUCAUGGGAUUCCCUGUGGAGAGAAUCUUGUGAAAGAAUGUGAAGAGGAGGCAGGGAUACCAAAGUCCAUAUCCAGUGAAGCGAUACCAGUUGGUGCUGUCUCCUAUAUGGAUAUUGAUGGAUAUCGAUUCAAGAGAGAUGUUCUCUUUUGUUAUGAUUUAAAGCUUCCCGAAGAUUUUACUCCUAAGAAUCAGGAUGGAGAGGUAGCGAGUUUCAAACUGAUCCCUGUAACCCUUGUUGCAAAUGUCAUUAGGAGGACACAGUUAUUUAAAGCAAAUUGCAAUCUUGUCAUCAUCGAUUUCCUGUUUCGACAUGGGUAUUUAAUUUUCUCCUGUUCUGCUUCUUUUGUUGCUUCUCACUUUUGAGGAAUCGGUGAUGUAUAAAAGCAAAUUAUUAUGGUAUCUGUGAUUAUAUUCCUAGCGAUAUACUUUGCAAAACAAGGGUUGCUUGUGGCCAAUUAUCCACCUUGUUCAUGAACAAACUAUUUUGGUCCUCACAAGAUCGCACAACACAAUUUUUUUUAAUUUAUGCCUAAAAUUGCCUUAGAAUUCAGAAUUUGGUGCAAACUUCUUCAAUUAGACCGAGAGAUAAAGCCUUGACAGGGAACUAAUUCAGUGCAGCGUUUCAGAAAUCUUGCUACCUAUCAUCUUUUGGAUCUAGGAACUGUUGUCUCGGAGGAAGAAAAUUGUUUUUGCUUUGUGAGUCAAGUCAUUAUCACCUUACUUGAGCCGAAGCAACUGUAAUAUCGUUUUUCCCUAAAAUAUCUGCAGGUACAUCAGACCUGAAGAUUUUGGAUACUUGAAGCUACUAGAAAGUUUGAGGAGUGGAGAUUGCUCCUAAAUGUGUUCCCACUUUCAUAUUGUUACAACUGGCUUCAAUUCCUAAAAUUGUAGGGCAAAGCCCCAGGGAAAUCCUGAAGUCUCUUCAGAUACUGCUUCAACUAUAUCUCACAAGUGAGAUAAAUGGAAACAUCUUGCAUGGAUGUUUUCAACGCUAGUGGCGAAUGAUGUGUACGGAUUGGCUUGGUUCGAUACUUCGUGGGUUAAAAGCACAAACAAGAACUGGGUUCCUUAAAUUAGUUCUCCAUUUCUUCAGUGCUCGUACAGUUCCUAUUUUACAGUUUGUUGUAUAGUUGAUUCUAUUUGGUAUCAUGCCUUUUGUUAUGAUCGUUUCUGAGAUUAUCUUCUUUUCAUCCCAACCUGCUCUUUCUUGGACUAAUAGGUUGUUGAAUGACAGGAUGUUUUGAACUCUGAUUCAAGAUAAGAUUUUUG